CUUCAGGUUCAGGUUUACCUUUACAUUUGCAAAAAUACAUUGACGGCUGAAAACGUUCUUAUAAUAGUUCGUCUUCGGCGUUGGCCAGGUUAUCAGUUAUAACUACGGAACUCUUUAGUGAAUUAAACAAUUAGAAGGACCGUAUAUUUAGUUAUGGCGAACAAGUCAAGUGCAUCAGCGCCAUCAGCUUCCGAAAACUUAAGCUACUAUGUCGUGGAAUUUCCGGACGAGACUGAGUUGGGUUCUGUUCCACUGAGUAUCAUUCCAUCAUCGUGGAUUGGACAAACCUCUGAGAAUGAAUAUUUUUGUUGGUGGCCGCACUUUCGAACAGAAGAGCAGAGAAGGAAGGCGGUUAUUAACAAAACGCCUGCGAUUCAUGAAAAUUCCAUAAGGUGUAAAAUCACUAUUAAAUAUAUGACAAACACAUAUGAAAAUGCUGUAAAAAAAAUGCAGAGAUUGGAAGAUGAUGAUGAUUUGCCCAUAUGUCGUACUCCUACCACCAACAUGCGUAAAACUCCAUCUGCAACUGUCCAUGAUUCGUCAUUUACAGAGGUUUUCACACCACCGUCGUCAUCAUCAACUACUGUUCUGGAUGAAACAUUAAAAGAAGAACCUAAUUGCUGCAAAGACACUAAAGAAUUAUUAUCGCAAAUAUUAUCAAAGCUUGAAAUUCUAUCGCAGGACGUGAAAUUUCUCAUAGAUAUUGUACAGAGAUCCAACACUAUCAUCAUUCCCGCUGAAAACGACGAAAUAGCAAAAUGACCAUUUAAUAACAG